AGUCUUUACGAAUUUUUCAUUAUCUAAACUAGCUACAAAGGAACAUUAGUGCGACAAAAAGCGAAUACUCAAGUUAAAAUGAAAGUAGGGUUAUCAAUCAAAUUGUUUCAAGUGAUGAUUGGUUCAUUAGUUAAAAUAUAUAGGAAAAAUCUCAAAAUACCAAUUUUAUGAUUUAAUUUACAAGAUACCAUCAAAAUCCAAAAUUUAGAAAUAUACUACAACUUUAGGGGGUGUUAGUGGGAGCUACAUUUAUAAUGAUUGUUAGAAUUUUAAAAGUCUAUGGUUAUUGGCUAAUGGAUUCUAACAUUCUUAUAAAAUCAAGUGUUAUUGGUUUGAUGAUUCUUUAAUAACAUAUAGAAUCCAUUGUUAUUCAAAAUGUUUGGAUUUUAAAAAUUCAUAAUUCUAACAAAAUCUAGUGUUAUUGGGACUUUGAUUCUUAACAUUUUAACUCACAAAACAAAACUUUCAAAAUAUUUCAUAUAUACUCAAGAUUCUCAAAAUCAUUGUAGUAAAAUAGUUUCAUAGACUUUUUAAAUAUGAAAAACUCAUUUGAAUUUUUUAUAAGUUUAACAAAUCUCUUGAUUCUUAAAAUCAACCAACUCUACCUAAAUCCAUCUCGCACUAACCCCCACUUAAAUUUAUGAUGUUUUUUAAAACAAAUUCCAAUGGGUUUCUAAUCAGUUACUAACUCUUUCCGAAGUUUUAAAAUUCUUCUUAAUUAGAUUUAAAGUUUGUAUGUUUUGGGAGUUUUUAAAAUGUGAUUUUCGGAAAUGAAACUUAUGGUCUUGAGUGGGAAGCAAAGACGCCAUAUGCGGUGCGUUAUAACACAGUUUGUGUUGCCACUCAAACAAAAUUUAUCCCGCAUCUAGUUAUAUAAUCAAAACAAAAAAGAAUAAUAUAUUAAUAAAUUUUCUACUGUGGCGGUUAUGUUUAAAGAACAAAAUGAAGUCCCGCACUAUCUUCUUGUUAUGCAUCACUUUUGAUGCGGUCAAGGUGGAGUUUUACUGUUUUUUACAUUUCUUUUAUAAAUAUUUACACUUACUAAUGGUCAUAAAAUUAUGAAAUAAAUUAUGUGUAUCAGGAUACCAAAAAACAUAGUUGAAAUACAAUACUUUAUCCAAUAAAAAAAUUUGAAAAAAAUAAACAAGUUUAGGUUUGGGUACUUUAUUUGGAUUUGAAAACUUGAAUUGGAACUGAUCCAAAAACGAUUCAGAUCGGAUCCACUAGUAUAAUUGAUAAGAUCCAAAUUUAAACCAAACUUCGGUUUUCGGUUCGGUCUUGUUUGGUUCAAGAUAAAUGCACCUAAAUCUAAAUACAAUUUUGAAAUCUAAAAAUACGAUAUUUUAGAUGAGAAAAUAUGUGAAUAUAAUAAAAAAUUAAAUAAAAUAAUUGUUUAAAUUAAAUUUGUAUAAUUGAUAUCUUAAUUAAAUUUUGUGUAAAGACAAUUAGAGUAACUAUAAUUUAUAGAAAUAAAAUAAUUAUCUAUAAAUCUCAGUAAUAGCAUAUUAAAUUUCAUAUUUCUAUUUUUAAAAAUUAUAUUAGUAUUAUUGAUUUUAUAAGCUUGUAAAAUAUAAAAUAUAUUAUAUGUAUCCCAAAGUUAUACUAUUCAUUACAGAUGUAUAUAUAUAUAUAUGUGUAUUUAACUCGUGACUUUUUUUAUAAUUCAUAUUUCUUUAGAAACUAUCAUGAUUACUCAAAAAGCUUUAUUUGUUUUGGUAUUUUCUGAUGUUAAUUUAUUUGUACUUAUGUAAAAUAUAUUUAUAAUAUCAAAUAGAAUAUUGUUUUAUAUUUUCAGCACUGUUUAGUUUAUAAAUACCAUUCAAGCAUUUGUUCUGCACUUUUUAUUAUUUUGGUCACCACUCACAUAUUUUUUAAACCGCUUCAUUUAAACGAACCGCACCUAUUCUGCAGUAUGCGUUUUACUAACACAAACCGCUCUUAAACCGCACCGCACUAACCAAUCCGCUUGUCCCGCACCGCCCAACCCGCGGUUACCAUUCGGAGCCUAUAUAACUAGAUGCGGGAUAAAUUUUGUUUGAGUGGCAACACAAACUUUUAGCUAUAUAUCAGUUUUUUUGUUAACAAAAAUAAAUUAACUGAUAAUGUUUUACAUAGAGCGGCGGAUGUCUCAAAAAAUUAGUCAACAAUUUGGAUCAGAUUUGUUCAUUUUAGUAAAAAAAAUUGCCUGUUUAAAAUAGUGGCCGGUUUGAAGUGAUUGAAAUUAAGGUGGUGGUGGUGGACCUAAAAGACAGAGGAGCUUCAAAAUUUGAAAAAGGAUGUAGAACAUAAAGAUGAGAUUGGACUCGAGGGACAAGAAAACAAAUGGAUACGAACGACAAGUGUGAGCUGUAAUCAAUGUGUAUGGGUGAUAGAUCAGCCAAAACAUGAUGUGGUUGCAUGUGACAUGCUACUCUUUUUUUCCCUGUGAUUUGAUCAGAUUUUGAAGAUGUGACCCAUUUAUGAUUAUAUUCCAUUUCACAAUGUUAUCUUGGGUCCCUCUACUAUUUACCCAUUCUAUGAACAUUCUCAAUCAUAUUCAUUGAUUCUCCAUCUUGUACAUUCUUCACACUUAUUGAAUCCAGAGUUAGAUGUUGUCGUUUCACCAAACUUAAAGAUAAAAUAUAUCUAACAACGUUAACAUUCAUUAACGUCAAAUUUACACAUUUUGGAUUCUAAAUUUGUUUAAUCAGAAAUUUUAGGUUUUAUAAUAAGAACAUACGAUAAAUGUAAAUAUUUUGGUAAUACAAAACAAAAAGUUGUUAGGUCUUUUAAAUUAUACGUUAGGGAUGUACAUUAGUCGCGACUAUUUUAGAAUAUGCUAUUUUCUUUAUCAUCAACUUUUAUACUUCCUUUAGUUCAGAAAGAAGAUUUUCAGCUUUCUCAAAAACAAUCAUAUGUUAUGUUUUACCAAGAAAAAUCAUGUGUUAUGUUUUUUUGGUAUGAAUGUUAAGACAAUAUCAUAUGUUUUGUUGAGAUGGGAAUGGCAUGUGUUGAUUGUUUUACGUCUAUAUAUACACUUUUCUUCAAGUAUUGUGGUUCUUACUACAAUAUAAACUCAAGACAUCUUUGAUUACAAAGUUCAUUGCUGUCACCUUACCAAAUAUGCCAAGAGUCGUUAGAUGGGAUCAUUAUUCUCCUAAUUAACUAUACCUGGAUAUUAAGCUUGGUUAGUGGAAUGAUAACCCAUUUUUAACUUAUCCAUGACUAUAUUAUACAAUAUAAACAAACAAUGAUGGUUUGUGAUUGGUUGUAGGCCGGUGGAAUUAUACGAAUCUUAAGAGUUUACUAAGUUUGAUUUUCGGUGUCUUGCCUCCAUGCACAAGAAUCUUUCCAAUUUUAGAUCUGUUGACUUGGUUUAUAGCUCAUUACUUAAUCAACAGCUUUUAAUAAAGCUUAUCUUAACCAUAUUAUAAUUAACCAUUUUUAACGAAAAUGUACCAUAGUUCUAAUAUAUAUUUAUUUAAAAACAUUUUGAGACCGCAAAAAAACGUACAGUACGUUGUAGAUCGGUUUCUUGAAGAUCGCGAGAAGUUAAACCGAAGUCAAUUAGUUGGUUAACACAAGAUGACCAACAACAUAACAAUUUGUUUUUCUUCUGAAAGUUGUGUAAAAGCUUUCUCUAGAACAAGACCAGCUUUCACAAAUGCAUAAAUAAUAAUAACCUUCAUCAGAAUCAUCAUCACAUCACGGCCUAGCGUAAACAUCAAUUAUCAAUCAUCAAUUUUACUUCUUCAACUAGGAUCUCAGAAACCCCAGUUGCUGUGAUAUAUACCCUCACAUAUAUUACAUACUGACACUCCUAUAGUCCUAUCGAUCAUAUUUAGCAUGAAGGAAAAGCUGAGAUAUCUUUUUUCAAACAUUGUCUUUCUCCUAGUGGAAAAGAGAUUUUUUCAGUUUCUAGUCCAAUACUCAAAGACAAAAAAAUAAACGGUAGAAGAGUUAUAAAAUAUAUUACAUUGAAGAGUUAAAGUUUUUCGAAGCCUCUAGCAAACUAAAUACAAUUAUGCUUAUAGCAAAACAUGUGCUCACGUUUUUAAAUACCAAGUCCAAUAAUAAAACAAGGCACAAGAGUAAAAAGAGCUCUUAGAGAAACUAGGAUACGACAAGCACUUAGCAGCCGGGUAUUGCUUACCAUCUAACGUACACUGAAACUUCAAACGUUUCUAUGAUCAUUAUUGUUACCAAAUAUAGGAUUCCGAAAAAAACCUAAAACUUUUCUCUUCAGCUCAGGGUAUAUGGCUAAUGUAAAUGAUAAAAUGUGUAAACACUUAACCCAUUGCGAUUGAUUGAUACUCCUCGCUGUUUCCACAUGUGAUGGUGGGCAGUGGCGGAGGUACUGAAGCACUAGGACGGUCAUAUAUGACCCAUAUGAAAUUAUUAUGAAUGUAUAGUGAAUAUGAGUUCAUUCUUCCAAAUGCACCCUGCUAUUUUUUUUAUCCCAUGAUUUAUACUGUAAAUAUAUAUCAAAAAAUUGUUAUGACCUGCAUACAGUUUAUUCCUACCUCCGCCACUAAUGGUGGGCAAGUAUCAUGGUCCUAAUGAUGAUUAUCAUCGGAUCACACACAGAAGAGGAGUAUCAAUCAAGAAAGAAAUACUUUACCCUUAUCCCUUGCGCGAUUUUGCCGGUGUUUGAAACUUUUCACGUUCAACGGUCAUCUCUUUUUCUUUUAAACAUAUAAACGAAGUUACAUGAGACUUGGUCAAUGCCACAAAAGCCUCUCUUAUAAGGGUAUUUUUAUCCUUACUCUAUUUUUUUAGAUGGAGUUAAAGUGAAUAUAGAAUAAGGAAUACUCCAACCUAAUUUCAUAUCUCACUCCAUAAUAAAAUUUACUUCAUAAUUGUAGUAAUCUAUUUUUUGUUUUUGUUUGUUCAUAGAAAUGUAGUAGGAUUGGAGCAAUUUUAUUCAAUUUUCAUUUUUAUUCAAUUUUAAAGGAAAAAAUGAAAUUUUUAUAUUGGAAAUGCUCUAAACCAACAGAAAACUCAUAAAGUCGUAACUUUCGAGAAACCACACUGCGUUUUAAACAACGUAAGCGCAUUCAGUGCAACUUAAUCAAUGUUAGAAACUUAAUCAAUGUCAGAAACCAGUUGUAACUUUAAGCUUUACGUUAAUCAAUGAUUAUACGCAUGCUUUUCUCUUGGGCGAGCCUUUGAUCUUAAUGCUUUUUUAAUAGAAAAAUAAAUCAUUAACUUCAUGUAAAGUUACGUUAGUGAUUACGUAAACACGCGGAAUAGGUGUCCAAAUCUUUCUUUUGGAGUAAUAGUCUAGUAACAUUUCAAACGCACGGAACUUUUCUCUUGUGCAUUUACUUUUAUAAAGAACCAACAGCAAAUAACAUCAUCGGACAAUCUUUAACAAACAGCAACAACAAACAAACAAAAAACAGAAAAAUGUCGGAAUAUCUCUCCGAAGAACUAGCCCUCGAGAUUCUCGCGAGGCUAACCAUAAAGGAUCUUGCUCGAUUCAGAUGCGUCUGCAAGACAUGGAGAGACGUUAUCAACAGCCGUGGCUUUACCGAAAGGCACCGUGACGUUUCUCCGGUGAAGUUUGUGUCGUUUUACGACAAGGGUUUCUACUUGCUUGACAUGGAAGACAAGCAUCCGGUUCUAGAAACACCUCGUAAGCUUGAUUUCCCUUUGGAUCAUCAGUCGAUGAUCGAUGAAUCCACAUGUGUGCUUCAUUGUGAUGGGACGUUAUGCGUGACCUUAAAUAAUCACACUUUCUUGGUUUGGAAUCCAUCUUCCAAGCGGUUCAAGAUCGUACCAAAUCCCGGUAUAUAUCGAGAUUCAAAUAUCAUUGGUUUCGGUUACGAUCCGGUUUCCAACGAUUACAAAAUCGUAACGUUUAUCGACCAGGUUGAUUCUUCCACGGCGCAUGUUUUCGAAUUCACAACCGGUUCUUGGAGAGAGAGCGUACGGAUUCCUUGUCCUGAUUGGUAUUAUAGAGAGAGAAUAGGUACAUUCUUGGAUCAAUCCCUCUAUUGGAUUGCGUACCGGUCUAAUGUCGACCGGUUCAUCCUAUGCUUUAACCUCUCGACAAAUGAAUACCAGAAAUUAUCUCUCCCGGUUUACAAUCAAGGUGUCACGUGUUCUUGGAUAGGCGUUACAAGUCAGAAACUUUGCAUUACUGAGUAUGGACCAUGCGAGGAGAUUUGGAUUUCGGUUAUGGAGAAAACCGGGUCAUGGAACAAGAUUGCAAGCCUUUCAAUGUCGAAUUUGAUCUCUAUACAAGAUCAUAUAUGCGAUUAUCAAGUAGAGUUCGUGUCGUUUACGAAAAGGAACGAUAUUGUUGUAACAUUCAUUGGGUAUCAUCAUGAUAAUGGCGAGAUGGAAGCUGAAGAACGUGUGAAGAAAAAGGUAUUCUUAUACAAAACCGGUGACAAUACAUUUCAACAAAUCCGGUUCUGUAACUCUUUAGCCGGGUUUAGGUUUCUCAAUGAAUAUGUGGAAUCUCCUGUGAUUACUGAUCACAUAUUUAUUUGAAACAAAAAAAAAAAUUUUAACAUUAGAUCUGUACUUAUUAUUUCGUUUAAAAAGUAAUAUUGCAUGCAAGAUAUUUUUUUUUUCAAAAUGAGGAUGAAAAGGUUGCCGAAAAAAGAGAGGAUGAAAAGAGUUACAAUGCCCAAGCCCAUUGUUCUGUGGUAAAAUGCAAUCAACACAAUAAAACUAUUUUUGAACCAAGUAGGUAGGCCUCAUUAUCUUAUGAGUAAAGAUUUGACCAUUAGCUUUGUGUUGCAUUACACGGAUAAAACGUAUUAUCAUGGCAACUAGAGAAACUUAUACUUCUAGGUAAUAUACAAUUGCUUCAAAUGGUGACCGAACAUCUCUGUAAUCACUUUAACAAAAAAAUAUGAAUGACUACUAAAAUUAAUGACAUAAGUUAUGGCUAAAUAUGAUAUGGAUAACUACAUUUAGUUUUGAUUUAUUCUUUUAGUAAACUUUUUAAAAUAUAGUAAUAACUCAUACAUUACAUUUAUGUUAAUUUAUAUUUUUGAUAAACUUUUUAGAAUAUAUUAAUAACUCACACAUCAUCAGUAAAAUAAAUAUAUUCAAAUAAAAGAUUAGUCUGAUGUAUCAUUUCUCGGUCCAAUAGAAUUUAUAGAUAUAGGAAUAAGCCUUUUCAAAUAGAGAUUUUUGCUUUCGACCGUAUUUUGAUUGUUAAUACAAUAUAAAAAGGCUGCCACUACAAAUAGUACUACACCCUUGAUCGUGAAAUAUCAAUUGCUUGUUGAACCUUGUGAAUUGCACAAAAAUAUGAUACUAAAUAUUCGAGGGUCCAAGAAUAAAAUUACAAAUUUCGAAAUAUUGUUAGUUCUAUUUUUAUAAUUAUAAAAAAUAUUAUUAAUUUUUUAUACAAUUUUUUUUUUAAAAAAUAUAAAUUUUAAAUCGUAAAAUCAUUGAUUUCUUAUAUAUCUACAUAUUUUAUAAUACUGUUUGAUUUUAAUUUUUGAUAAUUAUAUAAUUUAAUAUUAUUUUAUUAAUUUAUACAAGUUGAGUUAAUAUGUUUAACCAAAAGAAAUAGAUAGAAAAUCUAUAUAAGAUUAUAAUUUUAAAUAUAUACAUAGAUAUUCUUAAAUAUAAUUUUAAAUAAAUAAAAAAAAUUAUAUUAAUUUUAUGUUUAAUUAAAUCAAAUUUAUAUUAAAAUAUUAGUAAAAAUAAUAAAAUAUAGAAUAUUAAUAAAAUUGUAUUUAAAAUAUAAUAUAAAU